UUUGUUUGGUGGUAACGGCUAGAUGUGGCAACGUCGCGCCGUCGACAAACCCUACCCUGGGUGACUACCAUUAAAAGAAUGAAGUACAAACGUAAAUAACUUAGAUUUUUUGUUGUUUAUUCCGUUUUAUGUUGGUUUGUUGUGUUCGUCGGAGGGUCCCAAGUGUCCUUAAAAGUGUAACGAAAGUGUGAGCGCGAAUUGAACGGCCGCCAGCAGCAAGAGAAGAGUCGCAGCGAAGAUGUCGAAAAAUAAAAUUGUGAUGAAAAACACACUGGACGGUAGCAAAAUUGAAUUGAAAAGCAAAUUUGAUGCGGAACUAAGGCGAUGCUCCGUGAUGCGAGAUGGACAGGCCCGAUUCGAAGAGUUUAAAACCCUUCUGGAGAGUUUGCACUGUCUCGGAGACAUAGCCUUCCUAGUAUCCUACAUAGAUCCCAGUGACCAGGACCUGUUGCCUAUCAACAACGAUGAAAACCUGCGGAGGGCCCUCAUGAAUGCCAGACCUGUCCUGCGGGUGAUCAUACAAAGAAAAGGUGAUAGUCUGGAAGAGCUGAAUGGUUAUGGAACGAUAAAACCGAAGAACCUGAUAUCCACAAUCCUGGGUGGAACACCGAGCAGGGCCAAAACGUUGGCCAUCUCGAAUCCACACGACUUUCGACAGGUGUCGGCCAUCAUCGAUGUGGACAUCGUCCCAGAGACUUGCAGGAGGGUCAGACUACUGAAACACGGCACGGAGAAGCCUCUCGGCUUUUACAUCAGAGAUGGAACGAGCGUGCGGGUUACACAAAAAGGACUGGAAAAGAUACCUGGCAUAUUUAUAUCUCGCUUGGUGCCCGGUGGUUUGGCCGAGUCGACCGGACUGCUGGCGGUUAACGACGAGGUCCUGGAGGUAAACGGCAUCGAGGUCAGCGGGAAGACCCUGGACCAGGUGACGGACAUGAUGGUUGCAAAUAGUGCUAAUUUAAUAGUGACCGUGAAGCCGGCCAAUCAGCGCACAGUGGCCCCAGUCAGGAGAGGCAGUUUCAGCAGGAAUUCGCUGUUGUCUAGCGGAUCGCAGCAGUCUCACACCACGGCCGGAUCCGAUCCCGACGAUCAAGACGAGAUCGUCGACCUGACCGGCAUCACUAUGGACCAAUGAUCGCGGUGUCGAGCUUGGGGGUGAGAGGAAGGAUGAUAAGCAUCCUCCUCCGCACUUCCAAAUCUGUUCAAAGCAACUACCAUUAUAACAUUCCCUCGACAAAAAAAUAAGUGAAUCGGCGCCAAUCCAGAUAGGAGACGACGCCCUUCGAUCUAUCUCUUCAUCAAAUAGGCCAUUGCGGCCGCUUCCGAUCGCCGUUUCAUUUCCGGCCUAUCGGGUGCGCGAAACCAUGUGAUUUAUAAAAUAAAAAAUUUAUUCAAAACAAAUUGAGAAGAAAAAA